AUGGUUCAGUUACCAGAUGAGAUAUAUCUGUACAUCCUACAGUGUCUACCAGAUCUGACCGGUUUCACGCACAAGAAGGAGUUUGAGGACUACAGACAAACAUCCAUAUUGCUUGCAACCAUUUGUCGGACUUCCAGAUUCCUCCGCACAUUCGCUGAACCGCUGCUAUACCGAGCGUACAUCGAGGAUGAGGAAGAUUGUAAUCGACGCAGAAGCGGCGAAGCAGAUGAGUGCACGAGGCUCCAGCUGUUUCUGCGGACCUUAAUUCGCAGACCAGAUCUGGCCGUCAAGGUAGAGUACUUGAAGCUGGCAGACUGUCUGGAUCACCCGGAUGCCAAGUGGUAUUGUCCCUUUGGCGAGCUGUUUGUCAAAGCCAGCGAAAAGCUUCUGUCCAUCUAUGCGUCUUUGCCGCUCGAUAAGGCUCACUGGCGUCGUACCUGUGUAUGGCAAGAUGAUUGGAAACGUCGUCUGCGUAGGAUUGGAACUUACCAAGGUGCAGAGGUCGUUCUGUUGCUGACACUACUUCCUAACCUUGGAAGCCUCGAUAUGUAUGCUUCGGAGAGAAAUACUGGGCUGUUCGUGCAAAUGCUUUGCCAUGAUGUGGUGGAGGCGUACUCAUGGAAAGAAGACACACAAGUCGAGAAUGGUGAACGGAUCACGGUCUUCAAAGUUCUGCAGUCGCCCUCUUCCUCCAAGCUGCCAUUCUUUUCUCGGCUGCGCACAUUGACUCUUGCCGUUGGGGAGGGGACUCCAUCUAUGGAUAUGAACUUUCUGAAGAACAUUGCAUGCAUACCAUCCCUCGAGUCUCUCUGCAUUGAGGGCGACGUAACGCCUUUCGCGUUUGCAACACCAUUCCGUCUACCGCUACAACACAUUCGCAAUCUAACACUCAAAGAAUGCACAAUUUCUGAUAUCUAUCUGCGAUCCAUCGUCGAGUCCUGCGGAAGUCUAAGAUCUCUUCGCAUCAAGCUACCGUCCUACAUGAAGCAAUCGGAUACAUAUUGCAACCUGCAAGCGCUUCUCAAGAGCCUCACUCCGAGCUUUCAAACUUUGGAGGAACUACAGAUAUACCUAUCGAGAGGUUCAUCUGAACACAACAACAUAACACCGGCCGAGUGUUUCGACCUCCGUUCUUUCACAAAACUUAGGGCGCUGGAAAUCAACAUGGAAUUUCUNUUUGCUUCAGCCUCAGAUCCUGAACCCUCUUUCACCGCACUACUGCCCACCUCAAUCGACGACAUCUACCUGCGAAUGGCGGAUAAGAGAUUUGCAAAACAUCUUCAAGUGCUCGCCGAAGAAUACAAAAGCUUUCCAAACCUCAAGACCCUGGAUAUCGGUAUUGACGACAUGCCAAGUAUCCAUGCCAUGGAUCAAGCAGAGAUGGGUUGGAAAAUGGCAUUGAACUAUUGCGCGAGGGAACUCAGAAAUGGAGGUAUUGAAUGUAAUGUACCGGUUGAAGGCACUCAUUUCAACCUUUCCUGCGGCAAUGACUAG